AUGCGUCGUUACCUCCUUCCCCUCUUCGCCCGUUUCGUCAACUUCGCCACGCGGCUCGUCGACGCGCUCUGCGGCUUCCUCUUCCUCCCGCCGCUCGCGACGCGCCUGCUGCAGUGGCUGCUCCCGUUAGAGGAACGCGCCGUGCUGCGCGCCGCGUACAAGGCCACGGGACUGCGUGACUAUGGCGAGGGGACGUUCCUGACGGGGCUGCGGCUUCUAUUGAAGGGUCUCGAAGAGGAGGCGAGACUGAGCGCGUUUGGGAGGAUUCUUAUAUGGAACGAUGUACAGCGCCUGCUGCGGUACCGGCUGCAUCUGGAGGAUACAAGGAGGCAACACCCCGAGAUAGAGGAGGAGAAGAUUGAGGCCCCGGUGUGCAUAUUGGGUCUGCCGCGCACAGGCACCACUUUCCUCUUCAACCCCCUCGCCCUCGACACAUCACUCUUCCACUCCCCCCCUCCCACCCCCCCUUUCCUUGCCACCCGUAUACUCGUUAUAAGCAGGCCCCGGUGUUCAUAUUGGGCCCCGGUGUUCAUAUUGGGACUGCCGCGCACAGGCACCACCUUCCUCUUCAACCUGCUCGCCCUCGACACAUCGCUCUUCCGCUCGCCGCUCACAUGGGAGGUGCAUCACAUGCACCCUCCCCCGGACACCACCUGCUACGAUACUGACAAGCGCAUUGGGGAGACUGAGGCGUUUCUGGAGGGGGUGUCUGCUCUGCUGCCUUCCUUCCAGGCGUUGCACCCAGUGACAGCAACAGGACCACAGGAGUGCAUGGGACUCAUGAUGUACGAUUUCACGUCAUUCGCCUUCCCCACCAUCCACUUCAACAUCCCUUCCUACUUUCGCUGGUACCUCUCCGCAGACCUCACCCCCACCUACCGCCUCCUGCGCUGGCAGCUGCAGUACCUGCAGUGGCGCGGACCCAAGGCCCCCCGGUGGCUGCUCAAGUGCCCGGCUCACCUCUUCUCUCUACCUGCGCUCAUGGCCGCUUUUUCCAAUGCCAAACUCAUCUUCACACACAGGUGA